AUGGGUAACUGCUUCUCACUUCUUCUCCCCUCCCCCUCCUCUCCCUUACUCGAGACCACCGCCAUGACGAACCUCACCAUCCGCAACCUCACGGCCCUGCCAGUCACCCUCAAGCGUGUCGAACGCUUCGAGGGCGAGAGGAAGCGCACCGGAGACUUCCUGGGCAACACCUUUGGUACCAUUGGCUCCUUCAUGAAUGCGACCAACUUCACCACCAAAGAGACCCACGCAAAGGGAGAUGCCCACCAGACCGAGGAUGUCGAUGUUCAUGUCGAGCCAUUCGCCAUCGGCGGCACCGAGAUUGGCGCACCAGAUAUUGGAAACCACGAUGUCGUUCGUCUCCAGUUCGAAAUUGAGGGCCACCGUUAUGAGAUUGACGCCCCGAGCCCCACCAACCGCUCUUCCGUCAUGAAGAAGCUCGACGAUGCGCCUCUGGAGCUGACGGCCGUCUACGUGGCCAAUGGCGCAUUCCUCGCCAUCAUGUCGUCCGCAAACCUCAAUGCCUGGAUGCACGAGCUGCGCGACGAAUACCCGCUACCCCUCCUCUCCAUCCCCGGCACCCACAACUCGCCGACGUGUUACACGGCGCUGCCCUCCGUCCGCUGCCAGGCCGUCGGCGUCCGCGAGCAGCUCGACAACGGCGUCCGCUUCCUCGACAUCAGAGUCUCCGUCUCCCAGGACAACGACGACCUCGCCCUCGUCCACUCCGCCUUCCCCAUCUCCCUGACCGGCAACAAGUACUUUGCCGACAUGCUCUCCGACAUCUACGCCUAUCUGGACGCCAACCCCUCCGAGACGGUCCUCAUGUCCGUCAAGCGCGAGGGCACGGGCAAGGGCAACGACGAGCAGCUCAGCCGCUACCUCCGCGACCGCUACGUCGGCCGCGACGCCCACAGGUGGUUCGUCGAGCCGCGCAUCCCGCCUCUUGGCGACUGUCGCGGCCGCAUCGUGCUCAUCCGCCGCUUCGGCCUCGACGAACCCCUGCGCGGCGAGCACGACGGCCGCGGCUGGGCCAUUGACGCCCAGAACUGGCCCGACAACUGCGAGGACGGCACCGUCGGCGGCGGCCUCAUCCGCGUCCAGGACUUUUACGAAAUCGACCAGUCGACAAACGUCGAGAAGAAGAUCAACUUCUCCCACGGCCAGCUCGAGCGCGCCGCCGAGCAGCUCUUCCACCUCCCCGGCAUGCCCGACUUCAACGCCGACGCACCGCCGCUGCCCUUCUUUGUCAACUUUUUGAGCGCGAGCAACUUCUUCAACGCCACCUGCUGGCCGGAGCGCAUCGCCGCCAAAGUGAACCCGGCCGUCAUCGAGUAUCUCUGCAUACGCCACGGCGAGCCGGGCAAGGGCCCGCACCAGCUCAAUGUCGGCGACGCGGCGACGGGCAUCAUUGUCACGGACUGGGUUGGCGCGCACGGCGAUUGGGAUUUGAUCAGGUGUAUCGUGGGCAUGAACGCGCGUCUGCAGCUCAAGCACUAG